CUGGACGCGCCGCCGGCCUCGUGGCCGCGCCUGGAGGCAGCUGCGCUGCAGUCGCUGUGCCGAGGUCCGAGCAGAUGGGCCCCGCCUUCGGCGCUCCACGGCCUGCCCCUCAUGGGGUUCCCAGCGGGCCUUCCAGACCUACCUUCAGUUGCCCUGGCAGCGAAGGCUCGCGUCUGCCAGUGGGAGGCAGCAGCCGAAGGCGGGCUGCGCGUGGAGGCUUUUGUGCUUCAGUUGGAAGCGGCCCGGGUGCAUUUUGAGGAGCGGAAUCUCCGGCCACGCCAGAUUGCGGCGGCCACCGGGGCUGCCGACGUCGCCGCGCAGAAGAGGGUCUGGCAACGAACCUGCGUCCGGCUGAUCGCCCCGAGCGCCGCCGAGGGCCUGCGCAACUUCCUGCAUUGGAGGUUCACGCAGCGAUGCAGCGGACUAUGCGGCAUGACAGUGCAGGAGAUGGCCGACAGGGCGCUCGCUACGUACCCGGCCGUGUCCCGGGCGGUGCCGCCCCGCGUUUUUGCGGCGUGCCUGCGUUCCCUCUGGAACGGGUGGAUCACCGCGCGCCGCUUCCAAGGCCAUGCCGCAUGCGUCUUCGGAUGCGCGGGGGGCGAGGACUCCAUCGAGCACUACUCGGAGUGCCGCUGGGUCGCGGCCGCCGCCGCGACGCACUUCGGGUUGGCCCGCCCCGCCACCCGUCAUUCCAGGCUCGCGAGGUUCGUGCUGUUGGAGCCAGCCUGGAGCGCGGCUGCUGCGGGGGAGCUGCAGCGCCGCGCGCGUCUGACUUGCAGUGUCUACCUGACGCAUUGCUGGACAAGACACGCCGGGGCGUGCCCCCCAGAGGCGUGCCGGAGCGCUUUGCGGCAGAAGGCGCGGGAGCUCUCGUGA